AUUUACUUUCACUUUCACUCUCUAUCGCGAGCUCGAGCGCUUUUGGUUGCCUCCUCUGAAACAAAUGAUUUAGUCUGUUUUGUCGAGCUUUAAAAAACUCAUCGACAGAAUCUAUUUUGUUGAAAUAAUUUGUGUUUAAGUUUAAUAUAAAAUAUUUGACAAAAUGUCUUCUUUAGACAUGAGCCCUGCGUCGAAAAAAGAGGUUGAUAGCUUUACAAAGAAGCUCACCAGAGAGGCAGAGCUGCUCGUCUCAACUUUCUUCCCUCAGAUGAUUGCAGAUAUGGACAACUUGCUCCAGGCAUCACUGGUUUUGGAAGACCUUUCAGCUCUCAGAGCUCCACUGGACAUCCCGAUGCCAGACCCCGCCAAAGAGGAGCUUAAAAGAAAGAAGAAAGAAGCGAAAAAAGAAAAGGAGGGAAAGAAAUCUGAUGACAAAGAGGAAGAUGAAGCAGGUCCUCCCUGUGGUCCCAUCGCCAGUAAUGAAAAAGUGGACAAUCUCAUUAAAGAGAUAAAACCCCACAUUCAGACACUGAAGGAAAAACUUAAUACAGUUUCCAUGUGGGUACAGCUACAAAUACCCAGGAUUGAGGAUGGCAACAACUUUGGUGUCGCUGUUCAGGAGAAGGUAUUCGAGCUGCUUACUAACACCCGCACUAAGAUCGAAGGAUUCCAGACACAAAUUACAAAGUAUUACAGUGAGAGAGGAGAUGCUGUGGCCAAGGCUUCCAAACAGCCACAUGUGGGUGAUUACAGACAGCUUGUACACGAGUUGGAUCAACACCAGUACUGUGAGCUGCGCAUGGUGGUUCUGGAGAUCCGCAACACCUAUGCGGUUCUGUUUGAUGUCAUCAGCAAGAACUAUGACAAGAUUAAGAAGCCCAGAGGAGAUUGUAAAGCUCUUAUCUACUGAGAAACAAACACCAUCAAUGCUUGUGAUAUUUUUUGCUCAGAAUAGAAAAGAAUUAUCGCAUAUGAGAUUUAAUUUUGUGAUGCUUUUUUAGGUUAAAACACAAAUCAGAGACAGAUGUAAAAUUACCUUUGUUCAUCUUUACACAAUAAAGCAGUGGCAAUGUGUAAAUUC